AUGGCGACGACGACGGUCGAAAACGGGGUCCAGAACUGGAAAUGCUGCGGGAUCUCGCUCGCGAAGCAGACGGCUCAGCGGCGGAUUGUCGGCGGUGACGACGCCGGUUUCGGUUCGUUCCCCUGGCAAGCCUAUAUUCGAAUAGGUUCAUCGAGAUGCGGGGGUUCGCUGAUUUCGCGGCGCCACGUGGUCACCGCCGGGCACUGUGUGGCCCGGGCCACGCCCCGGCAGGUCCACGUGACCCUCGGCGAUUACGUGAUCAACUCGGCCGUCGAGCCGCUGCCGGCGUACACCUUUGGGGUGCGCUCGAUCAACGUGCACCCGUACUUCAAGUUCACCCCGCAGGCGGACCGCUUCGACGUGGCGGUGCUCACGCUGGAGCGAACCGUGCACUUUAUGCCGCACAUCGCGCCAAUCUGCCUGCCGGAGAAGAACGAGGACUUCCUGGGCAAGUUCGGCUGGGCCGCCGGCUGGGGUGCCCUCAAUCCGGGCUCGAGGCUGCGACCAAAGACGCUGCAGGCGGUGGACGUUCCUGUGCUGGAUAACAGAGUUUGCGAACGGUGGCACCGCUCGAACGGAAUCAACGUGGUGAUCUACCCGGAGAUGCUGUGCGCCGGCUACCGGGGCGGAGGCAAGGAUUCCUGCCAGGGCGACUCCGGGGGGCCGCUGAUGCACGAAAAAAGCGGACGAUGGUUCCUGAUAGGUAUCGUGUCAGCGGGCUACUCCUGCGCCACCCGGGGCCAACCCGGCAUCUAUCAUCGCGUCGCCAACACCGUGGACUGGAUUUCACACAUUGUGCAAACGGCACCCUAAACCACAACACCCACAAGGAGCGCGCUCGAGUCCAGUCCAGCCCCGGUGUUCAGUCAGUCGGUCAGCCACAACCAUUUCAUCAUUUGCUGGGGCCAACGAAAAAAAAAGUGCGACAGGAAGCUGCAAGUUAUUGUUCGAGAAAGUUGCUACAAAAAAACCAGAAUCUUGCUUGAAGUCGAAGGAGAGAAUGAGAAUGACAGCAAAAUAUUUAUGUAUUUAUUAUGCUUCUAUGUUCGAGGAAUUGUGCAACAAAACAAAAUCGUUUACAAAAAUGGUGCGCAGCAGCUGCGUUUUAACGAAAUUCGACCUAUUUAUGCUUCUGUAUUUGUUUUUUUUUCUGUAAUUAUCAAAAAAUGCCAACUUUUGCAAAACCUUCACUGAUGACGAUGUAAUUAGGGACGAAACCGAAUGCUUCCGGAAGACUAGCUCUUAUCUCAUAUGAUGUACUUAGAGAAGAAAGGAAUAAAAAAAACUUAAUUGUGAUAUAUGUACUGAGGAAAACCCACAAAAAAGCUACAAUGAUUAAUUAUGCCGGUGAUGGAUGUAGAAAAAAAGUGUAUAAAUCACCCACCAAGAAAGGAUAGUAAAAAAGAAGAAGUGAAGAAAGAUGACACUAAUAACAUGUUUCUGUGAAACUGUUCAAUUAGUUAGCAAACCUGUACGUAAAACUAAACAAAUAAACAAAACAAACCAAGCUACAAACGAAGACGACAUAUCAAGCGCACAGUUUUCUGGAGGCGAAUCCGAGCAGAAAUCUCCGCCAGGAGCGCCUCCGGCCAGAACUAGUUAGAAUCAACCAACCAACUAAGCAAGACCCAGAAAAAAUGUUAUUUUAUGUAAAUACAAUCCCCGCUGUCUCAAUCUGUCCCCCAUCACCCCAGCACAACUCCCAAAACAGACAGAACAAAAAUCCCGCAUGGUAGGUUAGAGCAAACUUAGGUGACUCGUUAGUUUAUGUUUUAGAAAGAAAAAAAAAAAUGCGGUGAGAACCUCAACAAAAAGACGUCGAAGCAAAUCGAAACAAACUAUGAUUUAGUAGGAGGAAACCGAUUGUUACCAACCCCGUUGAAAUUAGCAAACAAAUGUAUUUUUUGUAAUUAAACAAAAAAAGUCAAAAAGGCCUAGAGUUCCCAAAAAAAUAAAUAAAACAAACUAUAGGUCGAGUAUGCGCGCAUCACUCCCUAGUGCUUUUAAAAGAAAAAAAAGAAAUAAAACUAUGUUAACGUUAGGGUAUUGCAGCAAGCAAAGGGUGCAAACUUUGCUGCGAUGAUGUAGGGAAACGCUCGACGAAGCUGUUCGAUGAAGUAAUAAACAAAAAGUGCCUGGAUCUAUGCUACGAAAAAG